CACUUCCCCACUCACACAGUCAUAAUCAUCACGUACACCAGCAUACACAUACAUUAGAAAAAUUUCAUUAUACCUGACAAAAAAGAGGAAAAAAAGAAAUCAACAAGCGGCUGUUCCCAACAAAAAAAAUUAUCAUUUCAAUUUUAAAAAUCAUAGAAGAUACAUUUAAUCCAUAAGUCAUAUUUAAAACUACUUUAAGUGCAUAUAAGUGAAUAAAGAAUAUCAAAAAAAAUGCCUGAAAACACUGAAGCAGCACCAGAAACGCAAAAAGCUGUUGGCGAAGAAAAUGGCCACGCCGAAGAGCAGUCAACGGAAGAAACUAAUGGAGUUGAGAAAAAAGAGGAUAGUUUAAAGGAAAAAGAGGAGCCAGUUAAGGAAAUGAAAGCAGUUGUUUUGUUAAGUUUCGGUGGAUAUAAAGGAGUUAAAAUUAUGAAAAAACCCGAACCAACGCCCCAAAACGGAGAAGUUUUAAUUCGAGUCAAGGCAUGUGGAUUAAACUUCCAGGAUUUAAUUACUCGUUUGGGUGCAAUCGAUUCACCACCGAAAACUCCAUCUGUUAUGGGAUUUGAAUGUGCUGGUGAGAUUGAAGCUAUUGGCGAGGAAGUUGAGGGAUUUGAAGUUGGUGACCGUGUUGUAGCACUUCCUGAAUUCAAAGCUUGGGCUGAAUUGUGCACUGUUCCAGCUAAGUUUGUUUAUAAAUUGCCAAGUGAAAUUUCAUACAACGAUGCCGCUGCCAUAUCAAUGAACUUUGUAGUCGCUUAUAUCAUCGUUAAUGAAUUGCUUUCAUUGAAGCCUGGUAAAUCAGUCUUGUUGCAUUCUGCUGCUGGCGGUGUUGGACUUGCAAUUGUACAAUUGCUUCGUACAAUUGAAGGAAUCACCAUUUUUGGAGUCUGCUCAAAAGGCAAACAUGAGGAACUAGCAGAUGCUGGAAUUGAUCAUUUAAUUGACCGUGCUGAUUACGUCAAUGAGAUCAGAAAAAUUUCCCCAGAGGGUGUUGAUGUCGUUCUCGAUUGUAUGUGUGGCGAGGACUGCAAUCGUGGAUAUGGAUUGUUGAAGCCAAUGGGAAAGUAUCUCUUGUAUGGAUCUGCAAAUGUCGUUACUGGUGAGACCAAGAGUUUCUUCAGUGUCGCACGUUCUUGGUGGCAAGUCGAUAAAGUCUCACCAAUUAAGCUUUUCGAUGAGAACAAGUCAUUCUCUGGCUUUAAUUUGCGUCAUUUAAUGUAUCAGCAAAAUGGAGCUGAUUAUGUUCGUAGCGCUAUGAAUGAAGUCUUCAAAAUGUUUAUUGAUGGAAAGAUUAAGCCUAAGAUUGACUCAACAUGGGCAUUCGAAGACGUUUGUGAUGCUAUGCAGAAGAUGCACGAUCGUAAAAACAUUGGCAAAAUCUUAUUAGAUCCAGCUCAAGAACCAAAACCGAAGCCACCAACUCCAGUUAAAGUAAAGGUGAAAAAAGAGAAGAAGGAAAAGGUAACAUCGCCAACAAAGGAGGAGGCACCAAAAGCUGAGGAAGCUGUGGCUGAAGAAAAUGGCAAAGCUGAGGAAAAUGGAAAAGCCGAAGAAAAUGGAAAAGCUGAGGAAGAAAAGCCAGCAGCUGAAAAUGGGACCGAUAAAGUUGAGGAAGUCAAAGUUGCUGAAGAAGUUAAAGCAGCUGCUUAAUUGCACACAAAUGACACUCAUUUAGAUAGCUUAUGCUUUUAAUAGCUUAUUCAAUAUCAUGCCAUUCUUAAAAAACAAUCACAAAAUUAAUAUCUUUUUGGAUUCAAGAAAUCCACAAAAACUUAUUUUUAAUAAAUGCUUUUAUUUACCUGAUUUAAAACAUUUUCCUUUUUUGUUUAGAAAAGAAAUAAAUCAGGUAAAAUUUUUGCAUACUUUAUAAGACAAAACACAAAAAAAACACAAUGCUAUAAUGUGGCUAAUGUCAUCUUUGCUUACACCCC